GUGUCUAUGUGUUUGUGAUUUGUGAAACCGUGGUUCCGGAUUCCAGAUACUGGGUUCAUGCAGUGUAGAAAAAAAAGUCGCAAGCCCUAAAUUUAGGAACGAGAAAUGGAGCCUGCGAAUGUUGUCGAUAUCCCUAGUAGCGACGACGAAGACGGUAUAGAAAAGAAGAAGCACAAUGUAUCAGUUGAUAAGGCGUCACACACAGGUGCAGCAGCGCAACUGCAGACUCCCGUAGAAAUUCCUGAGUCGAGUAGUUACAGUAACUCGAACCAGAUGUCGCAGUUACAUUGUUUCUGGAAAGCAGGGGACUAUGAUGUUGGACAUACGGAAUCUGCUCCCGAACGAGGUCCGCUGGAACAUGCACGUGUUCAUCCGAAAUUUCUUCAUUCCAAUGCGACAUCUCACAAAUGGGCUUUUGGAGCAAUUGCGGAGCUUCUGGAUAAUGCGGUUGAUGAGAUCUGUAAUGGUGCAACUUUUGUGAAGGUGGAUAAAAUCUGUAAUAUGAAGGAUAAUACUCCAGCUUUACUUUUCCAGGAUGAUGGAGCGGGAAUGGGUCCUGAGAGUAUGCGGAAAUGUAUGAGCCUGGGGUAUUCCUCAAAGAAGGCAAAUACAACAAUUGGUCAAUAUGGUAAUGGGUUCAAGACAAGUACCAUGCGAUUGGGUGCCGAUGUUAUUGUUUUUACUCGUGCCUCUUGUGCAAGCCAUGUAACACAAAGCGUUGGUCUUCUCUCGUAUACCUUUUUGAGGAGAACUGGGCAGGACGAUGUGAUUGUUCCCAUGGUCGAUUUUGAACUAUCUGAGCAGCGAAUGGAACCAAUAAUUUACAGCUCACAAGAUGAUUGGGAUACUGACUUACAAAUUAUUCUUGGGUGGUCUCCGUUUGCAUCCAAAGAGGAGCUUAUGCUACAGUUUGAGGAUAUUGGACCUCAUGGAACCAAGAUAAUAAUAUUCAAUCUCUGGCUUAAUGAUGAUGGGAUGCUUGAGCUGGAAUUUGAUGAGGAUGAGGAGGAUAUUCGUUUGAGAGAUGAAGAUAUCUGUGGAGGUUCAGGAAAUGCAGCUAAGCAUAGUAGAUUAGUUAGGUCCCUCAUACCCUACCGCAUUCGCUUUUCACUAAGGACAUAUGCUUCAAUUUUGUAUCUCAGAAGAUUCUCAAAUUUCCGUAUUCUUUUAAGGGGAAAGUCUGUUCAGCAGUUGGAUAUUACAGAUGAGUUGAAUUUUCCAAAGGUGGUGAAGUAUAAACCACAAUUGGGGAUUGCAUCAAAGGAGGUUUUAGUGGAGACAACUAUUGGGUUUAUUAAAGAUGCUCCCCUGCCGAUUUCUGGGUUCAACGUCUACCAUAAAAAUCGACUCAUCAGGCCCUUCUGGAAAGUAACUGGCGAUGGUAGUUCCAUAGGACAGGGUGUUAUUGGGUUUCUUGAAGCCAAUUUUAUUGAACCAGCACAUGACAAACAAGACUUUGAAAGAUCAUCUCUGUUUAUUCGGCUGGAAAUUAAGCUUAAACAAAUAAUGAACGAAUUCUGGACAAAGCACUGUCACUUGAUAGGAUAUCGUGCUCCAGGUUCUUUGCAUCAUAUGCACAGAGAAUGCUCUGCUGAUCAGCCAUCCGUUAGAGUUGCCACUAAUAUACAGAACGAAUUUCCUACUGAUCAUCAUGUCAUUGGUAGUUCAGCUAAUGCUCAAAAGGAAAUGCAUACGGAUCAACCUGUCAUUGGUCUUGCUGCUAACUUGAGGCAAGAAUUAAACAAUGCACCACCUGGUUUUUGUCUCACUUCUGAUGUUCAGGAAGGAAUGCCUACUGUUCAACCUGUUAUUGGUCUUGCAGCUGGCUCCCCUAAUGGAGUGGCAUCUUCAGAUAAUUCAGCGACCACAUUAGUUGAUCAGAUAUGUGAAGAGAACAUACAAUUAUUUUUGAGCCUCUUGCCUCUUUUAAGCCAGAGUCCUUUGGUCCAGACAAAUGAUCUAGCGAUGUUUUCUUCAUGGGCCAAUGGAGCUCCUAACAAUGUUAUGCAUUGGAUACAUUUUAAGGAAACAUGGGCUUCAAAGCUGUUGCCUUCGUGGAGUCUGCACUUUACUCAAAGAGGCCAUUAUGGGAAGGUGAAAAUAAUUCUAAUUAUUCUAUGGAGUCUCUUCACUCUUUUAAGUGAUAAUCCUCACAAUGGUUGCCUGAUCUCAAAGACCCCUCACUGACGCCAGAGUCCUUUG